CCCUCUCCGCUUGGUUUUCCUGCCGGGCUGCUGCUGCUUUGCGCGCUGCGGGGCCACACUGCGACCGCACCGAGGAGGAAGAGGAGAAAGCCGCGAACCGAAAGGGGGGGCAGCCUGAGCCAGAGCGGCGGAGAGGUACCGAUUACACUACAUAAAAAGAUAAUAGAAUAAAAGAGGAGAGAGAGGUGGAGGGUGUGCACGCGCCUACACCGCACGGAUAAAAAAAAAAAAAAAAAAAAAAGAAGCAGCAGCAGAAGGCGGAGACGCGUCACACCGCGCUCUUCCUCCCUCCAUCUCUCCGCUCCGCUUCCAACGGAACCGAAGAAGAGGUGAAAACCAAGAAGGAGGAAACGCUGAAGGGAAAAAAGAAAGGAAAAAAAAGAAAACCGGUGGAUUUCCUGGGCGCAAAAGGACGAAGGACGCGGUGUUGGAAACCUCCCCCCCUCCCUUCCCGGACCAGGGCCGAUUCUCCGUUUUCUAGCAGCCAGCUCGGCGCGCGACACCAUGAAGGACCGUACGGCGGAACUGCGAAGCGCUAAGGACAGCGAUGAUGAUGAGGAGGUGGUGCAGGUGGACAGGGACCACUUCAUGGACGAGUUCUUUGAACAGGUGGAGGAGAUCAGAGGCUGUAUAGAGAAGCUGUCGGAGGAUGUGGAGCAGGUGAAGAAGCAGCACAGCGCCAUCCUGGCCGCACCCAACCCUGACGAAAAGACCAAGCAGGAGUUGGAGGACCUCACAGCUGACAUCAAGAAGACAGCCAAUAAAGUUCGUUCAAAAUUAAAAGCAAUCGAGCAGAGCAUCGAGCAGGAGGAGGGUCUCAACAGAUCAUCAGCGGACCUCAGGAUCCGCAAGACACAGCACUCGACGCUGUCACGUAAGUUUGUGGAGGUGAUGACUGAGUACAACACCACGCAGUCCAAGUAUCGCGACCGCUGCAAAGACCGCAUCCAGAGACAGCUGGAGAUCACUGGAAGAACCACCACCAACGAAGAGCUAGAGGACAUGUUGGAGAGUGGCAAACUGGCCGUCUUCACCGAUGAUAUUAAAAUGGAUUCUCAGAUGACCAAGCAGGCCCUGAACGAGAUCGAGACCCGACACACCGAGAUCAUCAAGCUGGAAAACAGCAUCCGCGAGUUGCACGACAUGUUCGUGGACAUGGCCAUGCUGGUGGAGAGCCAGGGGGAGAUGAUUGACAGAAUUGAGUACAAUGUGGAGCACUCGGUCGACUACGUGGAGCGAGCAGUCUCCGACACCAAGAAGGCCGUCAAAUACCAGAGCCAGGCUCGCAAGAAGAAGAUCAUGAUCAUCAUCUGCUGCGUUAUCCUUGGCGUUGUCCUGGCGUCAACCAUUGGUGGGACGCUGGGCUUCUAAGACGCUCCACCGCUUGCUGCCAUGACGACUGACGCCGACCGACUGACCAUUAGGAUAAACCGACAGCCAGCAGAGAAAAGAAACACUGACGACGAUGACAACACAAAAAAACUUGAAACACAAAUGCAAGACAGAUAACCAAUCAGCUAGAAAGAGAUAAUCCAGUCAGAGAUAAGAGGAAACACCACAGGUUUGGGUGGGGUACAAAAAAACAAGAAAAAAAAACAAUAAUAACGCCAUCACAUUAUAGCUGACUUAACCACACAGUGUAAACAGCAGAGGG